AUGACUGACAUAGUAGAUGGUCAGAGUUCUAAAGCAAAGUCUUCUCAUAAGACCUCACACUCUCAUGCCAAUGGACCUUCAACUGAGACACACUCAUCAUCACCUAAAGUUGCAAUGGUUGCAUCCAACUAUACUGCACUUCUCAACACUCAGGAACAACCCAAAGAAGUCGUUGUCAUAAUUGAGUAUCUGCAUAAAUGCCCGUUGGCAUAUGAACUUCUUUCUACUUCUCCAACUCCACAAUCUCUUAUCACUGAAGUCUUUCUGUCAUCAUUCAUCUCCACAAGAGCAAAGUCCAAACAACUUGAUGUUGAAUUUAAUUUUUUUCAAGCUACUUUGGUACUCACUAAAGAAGAGUUUGCAGUCAAUUUAGGUCUAAGCGAUAUUCCUCCUACACCUCAGACAUUUUUCACACCAACUUCUGCUCAAUUAUUAACAAUGUUCAAGGAAAUGGGUUCCGUCCUCACUAAAUGUCUAUUCGGAUCAGUUGGUGGACGUAGCAAAGAAGGCCCACAGCCACAUUUCUUGUGUAUGAUGCCAUAUCGGAUACGUACUGCAGCUGAAUCUGGGUCUUCACAACCAAUCAUCAUUCUGGAUUCUAUUCUUACAAAGUUGGAUGAAAACAGUGCUUCUCUAUGCUCAUAUCAGAAAUACAUCCAGGGAAUUACUUCACCUCCAAAAAAGAAGAGGAAGCAUUCUGAUCAUGCAUCCAAGAAGUCUGCAAAGAAGAAGAAGAUAUCCAAAUCAAGUGAACCACCCCCUAUCUCAUCUCCAGCCAUCACUGAUGAUAAUCAUGGAGCAUAUUUAGAGGAACCCACAUCUCUCCCUAAAUAUGGUACAACCUCUAAGUCAUUCUCUUUCAUAGAUUCCUUAUUUCACGCUCCAUCUGAUUAUGAUAAACCAUCCUCUUCAGCUCCAGUUUCACCAGCACACGUUCAGUCGGUUCUAGAAAGUCCAAAGCAUCAUGUCUCCUUGGAUUAUGACUCAAUUGAGGAUGAUAACCAAGAUGAUGAUAAGUAA